UAUCAUCAGCGAAUCAGAGGAGUCCCACCCACAACUAACCCCCACUUGACCCCCUCUUUUUCCCCCCACUACACUUCACCCCAAUAACUCGUAACCUCCAAAAGGUUAGUUCGUGAUCAAGAAUAAUGGCAGCCAAUCAAACUCAAGUUUUUAUCCGAGCUCUAUCCUCCUCUGCUGCUUGUCGGCAACUUGUCAAACCGCCCAUUUCCGUCUUUGGGCUCGAAGGAAGAUAUGCAACAGCUUUAUACUCAGCUGCUACUAAACAGAAACAAUUAGAUGCUGUGAAUCAAGAUCUUCUAAAGUUUGAGAAACUCUUGAAGGAAAGCACUUCAUUGAAAGACUUUUUUGGCAAUCCAUCCGUGAAAAAACAUGCUUUGCAAAAAGCUGUGGUUGGAAUGGCUGCUGAUUUGAAAUUCCAACCGUCAACAGCAAAUUUACUAGAUCUCUUGGCUGAAAAUGGUCGAUUGAACAAAUUGCAUGGAAUCAUCAAUAACUUUAAACAAAUCAUGGCUGCCCAUCGUGGGGAUUUGCCUGUUGAAGUUACCACAGCCAAGCCUUUGGACGAUGCAUCUAAACAAGAACUGAUGGCUGCUUUGAAACAGUUUGCAAAGAAAGGAGAAAAUAUCAUCAUCGAGACCAAAGUAGAUCCUGCCAUUAUUGGGGGUAUGGUUGUUGUUAUUGGUGAUAGGUAUGUGGACAUGAGCAUAGCAAGCAAGAUUAAGAAAUAUUCUGAGCUCAUCUCCUCUGCAGCCUAGUUUUGAAAGGCUAACUUGCUUGGUCUGUAUCAAUCAUGUUCAGUUAGUUCUAAAGCUUUCUCACUUUGUUUAUGUUUUCUGUUUUUAUCUUUAGGCAUUUUUUUAUUUAACAUUUUCAGAGAUGUAAUAUGAUGGGAAGUUGAAACUUCUGUGGGAAUGUGUAUGAAAGCUGAUGUAAAUUUGCAUUUGUGAAUAGUAAUAAAUAGGUAAUUGUGAACAAGGCACCUGUUUUUAAUGAGACUUCAUACAUUCAUGAUAGCAAUGAAUUUUUAAAAACUUGUAAGAAACCCAGUAAAGAAAAACCCUUUUUAAAGCUAAAA